GAAGUGAAGCAGUAGGCGGUGAGGCGGUGGCACAUCUAUCGAGGGCAGGGCGGUACUGGGGAGGAACGUUGCCCUGGAGCGCGCCGCACGUACCGAAGGGACGCGCUGAUUGACAGUCGGAGGCACGGAGCGCCCCGUGCGGAGCUCGCAAGCGGAGCACGCUAAUCUCACCGCAACACGUCUUGUCAACGGCAUCUGUGUGAAAUUCCCAGAUAGAUCAGCCUGGCGCAGAAAAGAAAAAGAGGAAGAGUAUCCGUCCAGCGGCUCCGUUAUUGGAGGGUUUCUGGAGAAGUGGAAAGGACGCGGCGGCUCUGCAACUCUCUCCCCAUCUUCUCUCUACCUGUUCAGUGAUUAGUGGAAAUAGUCUUGGCCAACCUGGCGCCUCAAAGUGUCCGGAUAACGGGAGUGGGUGGACGCAAAGGUCAGAAUGCACCAAGCAAUCUGAGCGAAGAAAGAUUUUUGUCGAUUUCUUUUUGUGGACUAAAAGGACUGCGCUUGGUGCUUGAUCGGGAUAUAUUUUUGUGGGGAGAGGUUGCUCAUUUUUAAAAACAUUUGUUAAAUGCAAAAUAAUCGCGAUGUGUUUGUGAAUCUUUUUUAUUAUUAUUUCCAGGAGAUUGUAAUAGAAGAAAACUCUUUCUAAUUGGAAUAUUGGAUACAGAAGCAGGAAAGUCUGGAGGAAUUUAGUCCAAGUUCCCUUUUGGUGCGUAAUGUGUGCAAGUGCCGCAUAAGUACUUUUGCCUUGUCCGUUUUUCUACCUCCAGUACCCCCAUUUUUCUUUCUCAUGGAGUAGGCUGAAUCGCAGGUAAAGACUUAAAAAGAGUGGGCUUAUUCCCUGCCGCCCCGAAACACAGGCGGAUUCGAUGCGCCGAUUCUUCGUGUGAUGGUAAAUGACCGAUGGGGAAUCAUGAACAGCUCUUCUGAACUCGAAGAUGGAACUCGGCAUAAAAACCAGACGUUCUGUGAAUGUGUGCCCAGCUCCUCCCAACUCAAACAUCGCUGGUCAGAUUCAGAAACAGCCAGGGAGACCCCAGCUAAGAGGAUGAGCUGCAGCUACCUGCUCUGCACUAUCCUUCUCUUCGUGGCUGUAUUGCUAGCUGUCACUGUAACUGGCACCAUCCUUUUCAUGAAUCACUAUCAGGCUCCACCCAUGUCUGAUGGCCUACCCCACAUUUCUACCAACCAGGAUGAAGCCAAUGCCCUGGUCACUGUUGAGAGAGGCGAUGGCUCUCGCAUUAACAUCUUCAUUGACCCCAACUGUCCGGAUUACAACAGUAACUUUAUGCGACUGGAGGGUGUGCAGACCUCAUUGCUCCACUCACUGACCGACCACGACUCCGACUUGAAGUCUGUGAAAGGACAGGAUCGGGCUCUGCUUGUCAGUCUGGCUGAGGAGGUGGCCAAGCUGUCAGCCCACGCAGGCCAACUGAAAAUGGACUAUGAAUCUCUACGCAGGGGGCAGAGCAGCCUCGGGCAAGACCUUAACACACUGCAAACGGAACAGGGACGCCUCAUACAGCUGCUGUCAGACAGCCAGAUCAACAUGGUGAAGGUAGUGAACUCGGUUAGUGAUGCUCUUAAUGCCAUGCAGAAGGAGAAUGUGGGUCUGAAGGCACGUGUCAAGGCUGACUUACAAAGGGCACCAGUCAGAGGCGCCCGCUUCAAGGGCUGCUCCAACGGCUCACGUCCCCGUGACUGUGGUGAUCUGUAUGCCAGUGGACAAAGAGAAGAUGGCAUCUAUUCUGUGUUUCCUAUUCACCACCCUUCAGGCUUCCAGGUCUACUGUGACAUGACGACAGACGGUGGAGGCUGGACGGUGAUUCAGCGCAGGGAGGACGGCUCAGUCAACUUCUUCAGAGGAUGGGAAUCUUAUCGUGAGGGAUUUGGCAAGAUCACCGGAGAACACUGGCUGGGGCUAAAGCAGAUCCAUGCCCUGUCCAUCCAGGGGAACUAUGAGCUACGUAUCGACCUGGAGGACUUUGAAAAUAACACAGCGUACGCCCAGUAUGGCACCUUUGGAGUGGGCCUCUUCUCGGUGGACCCCGAUGAUGACGGAUACCCUUUGACUGUAGGAGACUAUUCAGGCAAUGCAGGUGAUUCUCUGUUGAAGCACAAUGGAAUGAAGUUCACCACCAAAGACAAAGAUAACGACCACUCGGAGAAUAACUGCGCCUCCUUCUACCACGGCGCGUGGUGGUACCGAAACUGCCACACCUCCAACCUUAACGGCCAGUACCUGCGCGGUCAGCACACCUCCUAUGCCGAUGGCAUUGAGUGGUCCUCCUGGACUGGCUGGCAGUACUCCCUCAAAUUCUCCGAGAUGAAGAUACGCCCGACCCGCGACCCAGAGAAUAAAUGAAACUGACACGAGAAGGAAAAAAAAAAAAGAAGAAGAAAAUUUUCAAACAUUACAAACCACAGUUUCUGACAGCUUGAUGGAGUUACUUGUCUCGAUAUUGUUUAUUCACUAAAACGUGCAUCUUUGACUUUAGUUGACUCUGCUGUUUUCUCGUGAUGUCUCUCUUCCAUUUUUUUGCUCCUCUUCCUCACUCACUCAGCUACUAGUCACCCUGGCUACCUUAAUCCUUCCUGUGGUCCCAUUCUUCGAGAAACUGAAUAACCGGGAUGCCCUUAUUUUGAACGUUUAGUUCACAAAAACAGCUUACCAGAGCCCUGAACCAACAACAGUCCACUGCUCCGGGUCUGUCAAUGUGGUCCAGCCCCCCUCUGAAGUAAAAUGGGCCCCCUUGACAUGAACCUGACCUAACCUGUGCUGACAUGGCACUCAGUUACACUGCCCACUCCUGUACAACAUGUGAAGACAACCCCCGUUCACAAAACAUGAAGACAGAAGAUAGAAAUUAUUCAGCCCUGCAAACCCCACCCCCACCCUCUGCAAAGAAAGUCUCAAGUUUUACCAGGGAGAAGGGGACAGGGCAGUGGUGCACUACGUCACAUUUACAUCUUUGAUCUGUCCGAAUGAGCCCCGGCAGGGAAAGUGGCGAGAAGUACGGGCGCUCCGAUAAUGAGAGCGAGACGGAGAAAACGAGGAAACAAUUUGACAGGAGCUAAAUUGGUGGAAAGAAAGGGGGAGCAGAGUGAAUCAAACUGGGGAGAUGAAGUAGGUGAAGAAGAAGAAAAAGAAGAAGAGGUGCAAGGAUGGAAAAAAAAGAAGAGACAGCGGAGGAUCUCAUUCAUCUGACUUGGACCAUUAGGGAGCAUAUUGGGCACUUUGUCUGAUCUGCCUGCCAGCUGAGUACUGGCCAACUGAUGCAGCACUCACAGAUGGUAACCCAGCACUUUGUGUGUGUGUGUGUGUGUGUGUGUGUGUGUGUGUGUGAGAGAGAGAGAGAGAAUGUGUGUGUGCCUGAGACAGAGAGAGACAGACAGACAGAGUUCUCUAACACUAUCAAUUUCCUGUCACGGGUUCAGUAGAGCAUCUCGAUUGACUACAAUGUUUAGCACAGACAGACUAAGCAUGAUGCACGGCUGGCUUACCUGCACU